UUUUUUAUGAUAAACAACAAAAAGAAAAAAAAAGUAACCUCACAUGGCCAUGAAAAUCGCUCACUGAGUCACUGAACUCGAGCCACAUUACAUAAAAAACACAAAUUUCAAGGCAGAAAAAGCAAAAGGGUGUGCAAAUAUAUAGCUUCCAAUAGCUAUUUCAGCUACUAAAUUCCCCCCUCACACCUAAAGAGAAGUGGGGACAAUGGGUGAACAGAGUAAGCUAAGCCUUUUCCAUUGUUGCCUCAUUCUCUUCUCUGUUCUCACCAUUUCCUCCACAACAGCGUUUGAUUAUGGCGAUGCAUUAAUGAAGAGCCUCCUUUACUUUGAAUCCCAACGUUCCGGUCGGUUACCGUACAAUCAACGUGUUACUUGGCGAGACCAUUCUGGCCUCACCGACGGCUUGGAACAAGGAGUGGAUUUAGUCGGAGGAUACUACGACGCCGGCGAUCACGUCAAAUUUGGACUCCCGAUGGCUUUCACGGUAACAAUGUUGUCUUGGAGUGUUAUCGAAUACCAGGACCAGAUCGCCGAUGCCGGUGAAUUAGAACAUGCUUUAGAGGCAAUUAAAUGGGGGACAGAUUACUUCAUUAAAGCACACACCAGCCCAAAUGUACUAUGGGCGGAGGUGGGUGACGGAGACACCGACCAUUACUGUUGGCAACGGCCGGAAGAUAUGACCACUUCACGCCAAGCUUACAAGAUCGAUGAGAAAAACCCAGGGUCCGAUCUCGCCGGUGAGACGGCGGCGGCAAUGGCGGCUGCGUCUAUCGUGUUUAAGAAAACAAACCCUCAUUACUCUCACUUACUCUUGCACCAUGCUCAAGAGUUGUUUGAGUUUGGGGAUAAGUAUAGAGGGAAAUAUGAUGGAAGCAUAGGGGUGGUGAAGAGCUACUAUGCGUCGGUGAGUGGGUUCAUGGAUGAGUUGUUGUGGGCGGCUUUGUGGCUGCAUGAGGCCACCGACAAGGAAGAUUAUUACUUGAAGUAUGUUAUAAACAAGGCUCAUUGUUUUGGUGGGAUUGGUUGGGCCAUAUCAGAGUUUAGCUGGGAUGUUAAAUAUGCUGGGGUUCAAGUUUUGGCAUCAAUGUUGUUGGAGAAAGCAAAACACGAGCAUGAGGGUCACGUUCUAAAGCAAUACCGAUCCAAAGCCGAGUACUACCUAUGCUCGUGUCUCAACAAAAACAACGCCACCAGCGACAACGUCGAACGUACCCCUGGAGGUCUUUUAUACAUCCGGCAAUGGAACAACAUGCAAUAUGUGUCGACAGCGACAUUCCUACUCACUGUCUACUCUGACUUUCUCCGCAACUCAAAGCAACACCUCCGGUGUCCCACCGGAACAAUUGAUACCGAAGAGAUCCUAAGUUUUGCCAAAUCCCAAGUAGAUUACAUACUAGGGUCUAACCCUAUGAACAUGAGUUACUUAGUGGGCUAUGGUUCUAAGUACCCUAUUAGGGUGCACCAUAGAGGUGCCUCCAUAGUAUCAUACAGAGAAAACAAAGGGUUCAUUGGUUGCACCCAAGGCUAUGACAAUUGGUAUAGUCGAGUGGAGCCGAACCCCAAUGUGUUGGUUGGAGCAUUGGUCGGUGGACCAGAUUGUCGAGAUAAUUUCAUGGACCAAAGAGAUAAUUAUAUGCAGACCGAGGCCUGCACAUACAAUACAGCACCAUUAGUUGGGGUUUUUGCAAGAUUGUUGCAAUUAGAGGAAAACCUUGAAGUAGAAUUGGUUGCCUCUUAUUAGAUAUACAAAAUAUAAUCAAAUGAUAUUAUAUAGUGUUGGUGGUGAGUAUUUUAAGACACCCUUUUUUUUGUGUGGCUGAACUAAAAGGUGUUCAAUGCCACUAACUAUUUCACCUUCAAUUUUGUUGAAUGUUUAUAAUAGUGAAAAAAAUAUAAUGUUCGAUA